AUGGAGCUCACUCUUCCUCAACCUCAAUUGCACCCCAAAUGCCUUCCAUUUCCCUCUCUCAAAUCUAGGGUUUCUGUUUUUCAGACAACACCAUACCCACCUUUCCAAGCUUCAAUCGUUUCAGCCAAUCAACGCUAUCUCACGCCAUUGAAUACUCCCAGAAGCAUCUCCACCUCUGCUUUGCUGGGUGGCAACAACACUUCAGUUUCCCCAAUUGACUCAGGUGCUAGAAUUGGAGAGGUGAAAAGGGUCACCAAGGAAACCAAUGUUUCAGUCAAAAUCAACUUGGAUGGAUCUGGGAUUGCUGAUAGUAGUUCUGGAAUUCCCUUCCUUGAUCAUAUGCUUGAUCAACUUGCAUCACAUGGACUGUUCGACGUACAUGUAAAGGCUACGGGUGACAUACAUAUUGAUGACCAUCACACAAAUGAGGAUGUCGCUCUUGCUAUUGGAACGGCUUUGCUGCAGGCUCUUGGUGAUAGGAAGGGUAUUAACCGGUUUGGUAACUUCUCUGCUCCACUCGACGAAGCAUUAGUUCACGUUUCUCUGGAUUUGUCUGGCCGACCACAUCUAGGUUAUGAUUUAGACUUACCUUCUCAGAGGGUUGGGACAUAUGACACUCAGUUGGUGGAGCAUUUUUUCCAGUCUUUGGUGAACACGUCUGGUAUGACCCUUCACAUUCGACAGUUUUCCGGAACGAAUUCCCAUCAUAUUAUUGAGGCAACCUUCAAAGCAUUUGCCAGGGCUCUUCGACAAGCGACAGAGUAUGAUACACGUCGCCGUGGAACAAUACCAAGUUCGAAAGGAGUUCUCUCGCGCAGUUAA